CGGCGAUUUGAUAGGUACCGCUCAGUGAAUUGAGUUUUGUCGCUGAACAGUUAGAUAGAUCCGGCAACCUGCAGCCGCCUGUGCAUGCUCAAGUCUGCGGUGGUAUAUCCAUCAAAUAUGGGUGCAACGACGAUACACUGCAGUGAAAUGUGUAUAUAUACUUUCCCGAUGAACGCCUUGUGGAAGUAUCUCACCAGCAGCUUCAAUCAAUUCUCACUGCACUUGUGAUCAGUAUCCUCCCACCAUGCGUUUCAGUACACAGUUCGCUGCCACUACGCUACUUGCCUCUGCUGCCCAUGCUGCCUGGAAGGAAGGCUGCAAGAGCGCAAAAUGGGAUUCACAGGAAGACUUCUGGCUCAACAAGUACGAGCCGAAUGAGAGUCUGCCAUUCGUUCCAACGUACAAUGGUACCUAUGUUACGAUCAGGAACCGACAGCGUCGCUACGUUGUUCUCCACUGCUCUGAUGAGCGCCCACCUACGUCGGCCGUGGGCGAGGAAGCACUCUUCGUGAAGGUUCCUAUUGAGAGCGUUGAGGUACACGAUGGUUUUACUCAGGACCUGAUCGACAUGCUUGGUAUGUCCUCUGCCAUCAAGCGAACGGGUGCAUAUGCCGAUGUCACGAAUAGCUGCAUUCGUGGCAACAUGCUUGCGAACCGUACCUUCGAUGAAUCCAAGUGGGAUCAGACUGAGCCUGCCAAUGUUACCUUCUACGGCAAUGUUGCCGCCUCCGACCCCAAAAAGGUUCUCAUCUAUAGCAACGGAGGCCAGGCACCGCUAGUUCAGCUUGCUUACAUCAAGUUCCUUGGUAUGUUCUGGGGAAUGGAGGAGACUGCCAAUGAGAUCUACAGCAAGGUUUCUGCAAACUACCGCUGUGCCGCAGCUCGCAUCGAGGACUUGGUCAUCAAGAAUGAGUUCCCCAAGGGGGCCUGGAUCUCCGCUAUCCAGAGCAACGGGAAGGAACUCACUGUUUUCCAGAAUGACUGGUGGAACGUCUUGGCCGCAGAUGCCGGUUCCAAUUUGGUUAACGUUAGCAGUGAGGCUAAGGCCCCCGAGGAUGCAUGGUCUGCGCCUGGUGCCUACAUCAUGGAUGCUAACAAGGAGAGCGUCCUCUCCAAGGAGUCCUUUGCUAUCAUCGAUACUUCUUACUACGAUCAGGUCAAGGAAAAAAAUGUGGUCAUUAACUUUGAGAAUAACAGUCCUCGUGUCGAUGUAAAAAACUACGCUCAGCGCUCGGGUAUGGGUAUCAGCGCGUUUGCAAUCAAGGAAAAGAAUGUCUACUUAUCUGACAAGGCAACUAACCGCAACUUGCGUCAUAAUUUCUUCGACCGAGGUCUCGCCCGUCCUGAUCUUGCUCUUCUCGACUUGAUCUCCGUCCUCAAGCCUGGUUUCAACUCCGGCUACACUACGGCUUUCCUCCGAUCCAUCGAGAAGCCGGAUGAGAUGGACCCUCAGCGUUCCAUGGACAGCCAAUGUGUCAAAAAAGGCGAGGAAGUGAGUUCUCUCAAGCUCAACGAAUGCAAGCUCCCCGAGUGGGCUACUGGAUACCACGCUGCUGGUGUCAGUGCCGAUGCCUACGGCCGCAACGGGAAGAACGUCAAGUCUCUUGCCCUCGACGGCAAGUCUAGUGGUCUUACUGGUGGGCAAAAGGCAGGUAUCUCUGUUGGAUCCAUCGUCGGUGGUCUCCUUGUCAUCAGUGCCGCCGUCUUCGGUGUCAUGGUGUGCAAGCGCAAGCGCAGCACCCAAAAGACGAAGGAGAUGGAGGAGGGGAAGCUUGAUAGCCCAAGCCCCAGCAUUAAGGUAUAAAUCAAAGUAAUGUUCAAUGUGAGUUAUACAC